UAGAGGGAGAGACAGAUAGAAAGGUUUCCGUCUGUUGGUUUACUCCCCAAAUGGCCGCAAUUAUCAGAGCAGUGCUUAUUCAAAGCCAGGGGCUAGGCAUUUCUUCCCAUCUCCACAGGGGUUCAGGGGCUCAAGGACUGGGGCCAUACUCUCCUGCUUUCCCAGGCCAUAGCAGAGAGCUAGAUUGGAAGAGCAGUCAGGGCUAGAAUUGGCACCCACAAGGGAUUAACCUACUGAGCCACUAGCCUGCCCCUGAAAAGCAUAAAUAAUGCCUAAAAAUUUCAUAGAUGUCAUUUUUAUAUGUUGUCAUCAACAACAAAUAAUGAGUAUUUGUCUAAACUAGCUCAGUCGGGUAUUUUAGAAGGUCCUUGUGAAUCAGAAAUAACUGAACGGGGGAUGAUGUUACUGUAAGUUUCUCACCAGAUAUGGAUCAGUGUGUGAAGUGUCUGGAUCAUCAGUAUGCCAGCACAGAGCAUGACCGCUGCCUGCACAAAGCUGUGGCCUUCUUGGCUUAUGAAGACCCAUUAGGAAUGACCCUGGUCUGCACAGCUCUAUGUUUUUCUGUCCUCACCACUGGGGUUCUUGGUGUCUUUGUGAAGCACCGAGAUACUCCCAUAGUCAAGGCUAACAAUUGUUGUCUCAGCUACACCCUGCUCAUUGCCCUCAUCUUCUGCUACCUCUGUUCCUUACUCUUCAUUGGUCAUCCCAAUACAGCCACCUGUGUCCUCCAGCAAACCACAUUUGGAGUGGUGUUCACCGUGGCUGUUUCCACUGUCCUGGCCAAAACUACCACUGUGGUUCUGGCCUUCAAGGUCACUGCCCCAGGGAGAAGGAUGAGACAGUGGCUGAUAUCAGGGUUACCUAACUCCAUUAUUCCCAUCUGCUCCCUGAUCCAACUGGCUCUCUGUGCCAUCUGGCUUGGGACUUCUCCUCCCUUUAUUGACACAGAUGCACACUCUGAUCAUGACCACAUCAUCCUGGUGUGCAACAAGGGCUCUGUCACUGCCUUCUACUGUGUCCUGGGCUACCUGGGCUCCUUGGCCAUGGCAAGCUUCACUGUGGCUUUCCAAGCCAGGAAUCUGCCUGACAAGUUCAAUGAAGCCAAGUUCCUGACAUUCAGCAUGCUGGUGUUCUGCAGUGUCUGGGUGACCUUCCUGCCUGUCUACCACAGCACCAAGGGGAAGGUCAUGGUGGCUGUGGAGGUCUUCUCCAUCUUGGCCUCUGGUGCAGGGCUCCUGGGCUGCAUCUUUGUCCCCAAGUGCUACAUUAUUCUCCUAAGACCUGAGAAGGAUGCUUUGAAAGGGUUAAUGGAUAGGAUAAUUUCCAAGGAAAUGGAUGUUCUGAAGAGUAGCUCUUAAGGCUCUCGCAGUUUUCCAAGGUUAGAAACAAAAAUUCAAAAAACUGGUUUUGCAUUCUGAUGUUAUAAAAUAACUUGCAGAAUGUAACGGCCUUAUGAACAAUUUAUACUUGUCUUAAAAUAUUUUCGCUCCGAAGGACCAAUUCACAGAAAAGAAAGGGAGAAUGGGACAAACCUGCCAUCUGCUGAUAGACGCUGAAGAUGUCUAAGUGGCCCAGCGUUGGUUCUGAAGAGAAGCCUUUGAGGCUCUCUCAGUUUCAAGGAUUUGAAACUAGUAUUUACAAAACUGAUUUUGCAUUCUGAUGCUAUAAAAUAACUUGAACAUUUUAAUCACCUUAUGAACAACUUACAU